AGCCCCGGGGCAGGCGGGCUGCGGGGAACGCUGGCUGCAGCCGUCAUCGGAGCCGCAGGAAGCCAGCCUUACUGCAUGUGCAGCCCAGAGCCUGCGUAACUCCACCUCGAGCGCUCGUCCUCGCACACAGGGAGCAGCCAGCACCGAGAUCAUGGGAGGGACGUCGCAGCACGGCCCCGAGGACUGCCGCUUUCUGGAUGCAGAAGCAUCCAAGACCCAAAAGAAGACCCGCACCAGGUACAAGGUCUGCGGGCUGCUCUUCAGCGUGCUGCUCAUUGCUCUCAUCCUCGUACUCUUUGGUGUCAAACACCUGUGGAACCCAGCAUCCAGACAAGUCUAUGACAUGGAGCACACCUUCUUCAGUCACGGCGAGAAGAAGAAAAUUGUGAUGGAGAUCGACCCACUGACCAGGACGGAGACCUUCAGGAGUGGGAAUGGCAGUGAGGAGAUCCUGGAGAUCCACGACUUCAAGAACGGAAUAACUGGCAUCUUCUUUGUGGGACUUCAAAAGUGCUUCAUCAAAACUCAGACCAAAGUCAUACCUGAGACUACGGAGGCCAAGAUCCCUGAGCUGGAGGGUGAAGAAAUCACCACCACCUACUUUGAGCAAUCCAUGGUCUGGGUGCCUGGUGAAAAACCCAUUCAGAACAAGGAGUUCCUGAAGAGCUCCAAAAUUUUUAACAUUUGUAGAAAUGUGACCAUCUACUGGAUCCACCCAACGCCAAUAGCAGCUCCAGAGCUGGCUGGCCUGGCAAGAACAGAAGAAGAUACCGGGCUGUUCACGGAUGACCAGAACUGGCUGGAUGGGGGCAAUGAGCGUGGGAUGGAGGCUGCCCUACCAGGACCCAAGCGCCGGACACGGCAGCUGACAGAAGAGGACCUGCCUGUCAACGACUACACAGAAAACGGGCUGGAGUUCCACCCGCUGUGGGAUGAGCGGGGCUACUGCUGUGCACAGUGCCGCCGCGCCAACCGCUACUGCCGGCGGGUCUGCGAGCCGCUGCUGGGCUACUACCCCUACCCGUACUGCUACCAGGGCGGCAGGGUGAUCUGCCGUAUCAUCAUGCCCUGCAACUGGUGGAUCGCACGCAUGCUGGGCCGGGUGUAAGCCCUGUGCACACCCACUGAGCCCCCAGGUAGAGCCCUGCAGGCCGUGGGACCCCCAAACAGGCUGCAGACUCCGAGCGUGGCUCCGAGGGCUGGGCCAGGCUGGCGUCAUCGCCCCACUGAGAGGCAAGCAAUAAAUGUCCUAUAUGAGCGAUU